AUGCCCAGAUGACCAAGCCCAUCUCUCCUGUGACACUACGGCCCUCGACGACUCAUGGCCAGGCCUAGGGAGCGGAACGGCGGCAAACUCGGCAGGAGAUCUGUCUCAGUUGGCGGUAUCUUCUCGCCUUCUGCCUCUGGAUGCUUUAUCAGCAGAGCACCUGAGUCAUCUGCGCAAACUGGCGUCUAAACAAUUGACUAGACUUCGGGAACGAUUCUUCCCAGCUCAUAAAGCACUCACUGCUUGGUGA